CUUUUAAGAACAUAUUAUCUGUGAGAGACAAAAACGGGACCAGUUAAUGUGAAGGGAAUGAUUAAAAACUUAAAAAAGAGAGCCUGAAAGUGAAGAGAGUAUGUUUUGUGUGAAUCAUGCGUUGUCUUUAUCCUGUUUCCUCAUGCUUUGUCUUCUUCCAGCUUUUGUUGAUCACAUUCACAGCAACGCUUAUCAAUGUUUUAUUAAAACGAAGAUUCUUGUGAAAUUGGGAGCCAUAUGAUUAAUUUCACAGACAAUGAUCAGCUGUGGUCUUUCCAAGAUAAUUACUGUAAAGCACAAACAAACAUUAACAAUCAAAUAAAACAAGAGAAAUGAAGUGUUGUUUUACGAAGGGUGACAAAAAAAAAAUCCCCUUAUUUUAGAAAAAUACGAAUACAAACCCCUUGUUACUAUGCUAUAUUAGAUUCCUCUUGUUACCCACAUAGUUAGCAAUUUGCACCAAAUGAAACGUCAGAUAUGAUCAGCCAUUCCUUAAAAGAAAUUUGUAAGAAAUUGUUAAAAAGAUGGUUGCAUCAUAUGAUUAGUAUUCUUACUUAUCCAAAAAAGAUAAGCCAUUCCUUAAAUUGUGGUAAUAAGAAGAAAAAAAAACACACUCUUAUGCUCUGCUUUCUGUGGGGUUUGGUUCUUCUUUUGUUGGCCCAAUUCAUCAGUCAUCUGUUUGCUUAUACAAGCCUAUGUCUUCAUUUUCCUUUUGAUCCAAAUCCUUUUUAAUAACAAGAGGAAGUUUCUCUUUUAAUUUUGAGACUCUGCGUUGUAAUGUCCGAAUGUUGGCAAAUAUUUUUAAGGUUUUAUAUCUAAACACUAACUAACCACUUCUUUUGCAGAUUCAUGUCAUUCCAAAUUUUUAUUUCAAGUUCCUUAAUCAUUUUUUCACGAAACAAAGUUCAACUAUUUCGUGAGGAAAUAUAUAUAAAUAUUCCAUAUGGUCCGGAUCUUGUGACAUUGCACAUGUUCAAGGCAGCAAAAUUUGCGUUACUAAACGUUACUCCGCGACAGAUUCACAUGUCUUGUCGCCACUCAUGGCUGAAGCUUUGGCCGUUCGCGCAGCCAUAAACUCAGCCCUCUCCAGUAGACUCGAAGAAGUCUCCAUCCGAUCAGAUUCCCAAAGUCUCAUUAAUAUCAUCAACCGACAAGAGAUGAAGUCUGAAUUGUUUGGUGUUCUACGGGAUAUCUACUCCCUUCUAUCAGCAUUUAAGUCUAUUAAAUUUAGUUUUAUUCCAAGAUCAGCUAAUGUGCAGGCUGAUUCUAUUGCUAAGCAGGCCCUUUGGGCUUUUAACAAUGUUUGAAUUAUCCUAAAUGAAAUUUCAGUUUGAACAAAAAAAAAAAACGUUGCAUGUUUUGUCUUCUAAUGUUUUAAUGUGUAAUCUUACAUGCUAACAAGAAAACAUUUUUUAAAACAAAAAAAAAAACAGAACAAACUCAACGGAACUAGUUCGAUCUGUAAUCUUAACAUUUAACCCAAAUAAAGGAACGAGAUCUAUUUACACAUUUACUUAACAUCUAUACAAUUUAAUUUUAUCAACGAAUACCUAAAGACUUAAUAUAUCAUCAUCAAUCUAACAGAAAAGAAUACCUUCACUCAGAGCCAAUCUCAACUAUAUGGCUAGAAGCAGUAUAUAAAAAUGUGAUCUAUGCAUAGUAACUGAUUUUAAUUAUUCUUAAAAAAACUAUAAAGGAGCAUCAAACCCUCAACCUGUUAUGAAUAUAGCGACAACUCAACCACUAAUGCUAUUAAGACUUGUCUGCAAAAAUGUGACCGGUAAAAUACAUAAAUUCUGGCGGCCGGAAGCACAUGCUUCUCUCGCUUCCGUACUUCACUCAGAAUCGGUCUUGACAACUAUAUGGCUAGAAGCAAUAUAUAAAAAUCUGGCCUAUGCAUAGUAACUGAUUUUAAUUAUUCUUAAAAAAACUAUAAAGAAGCAUCGAAUCCUCAAUCUGUUAACUAAUGCUACUAAGACUUGUCUGCAAAAAUGUGGCCGAUAAAAUACAUAAAUUCUGGCGGCCGGAAGCAGAGGCUUCUCCUGCUUCCAUCAAGGCCGGCUCAGCCUUCACUACCGUAAAAAUGUAUGCGACUAGAUUUAGGAUGAUUAGAUUGAUAUAGGUUGAUGAGUCAAUAAUCAAUCAAGAUGAAUACCUACUUCAAAUUGAGAUUUUUUUUUUUGCGACUAAAUAAUUGCUAGAGGAGAGGGGAAUCGAACCUUUACCACAUGACAAUAGCACCGUAGCUUAUUCAAAUUGAGAAUUUGUUAAGUGGAGAAAGAAAACAAGUAAGGUACGUACGAGUCCAAACGACUCCAACACUCAAAUUAAAAUUCCUAUAUUAAGUAAAAAUAGAACAAAUAAUCUAACCAUUAAGCCUUCUUUGUCUCUACGCCUUAUUAGCUUACGUGCCAAAUGACAACUAGAUAGGCCACAUUCAUUCCAUACAUUGAUAUAAACCAUUUGUAUAUCCACUAAGACUCGUGCCGCGUAUAGCCAUCGUGACCACCAUUUUAAUAUGGCUACCUUCGUACCAUAACUCAUUUUGAGAUAUUUCCAUCAAUUUAUUUAUUUAUAUAUAUAAAGGUAAUAGACCAAAAUUUAUCAUUCUUCAGAUUUUUUUUUUCUCUUUCGACCCCUAUGGAGAUGUGUCUCUUUCAACGCUCAUCGAAAACUCAUUGUUCAUCUUCUUUUUCAACUAUCUCGACCCGUAUGAUAUAUUGCAUACUAUUUUCUGUUUUUACUUUCUUGGUCUACCUUCUCCUCUCCCUCUCGUUGUUUCAAUCUAAAGAAACUAUUAAUGCCUACGUCUUCUCUUCUAAAGAUCAACCUCAGAGCCCAACAGCGAUCGAUCACAUCGUCUUUGGGAUUGCAUCGAGCAUUAAGACGUGGCCUGCACGUAGAGAAUAUGUUAAGCUUUGGUGGGAUGCUCAGAGAAUGAGAGGGUGUGUCUUUGUUGACCGUCCCUUGCCGUCUUUUGUGAACCACACAAAUUCUCCUCUCCUUCCUCCGAUCUGUGUUUCCGAAGAUACAUCACGGUUCAGAUACACUUGGAGGAACGGUGACAGAAGCGCAAUUAGGAUUGCUCGGUGCGUGAUAGAAUCUGUAAAGAUGUUUAAUACCUCCUCAGAGGAAGUAAGAUGGUACGUAUUUGGAGAUGACGACACUAUAUUCAUCCCUGAAAACCUCGUAAGAACGCUCUCCAAAUACGACCACACAUCAUGGUAUUACAUAGGAGCAAGCUCAGAGAUUUAUUACCAGAACUCGUUGUUCGGACACGACAUGGCAUUUGGCGGUGGAGGGAUCGCUAUAAGCAGCUCGUUGGCUAACGUUUUAGCUAAAGUUUUCGAUUCAUGUAUCGAAAGGUAUCCACAUUUGUACGGAGGAGACUCUAGGGUUCAUGCUUGUAUGCUUGAGCUUGGAGUUGGAUUGUCUCAUGAGCCUGGCUUCCAUCAGUUUGAUGUGAGAGGAAAUGCCUUGGGAAUAUUAACAUCACAUUCAACGAGACCGUUGGUGUCUCUACACCACAUGGCCCACAUUGAUCCAAUUUUCCCAAACUCAACCACAUUCUCGGCCGUCAGCCACCUCUUCUCCGCCGUAGAACUUGAUCCUCUCCGUAUAUUUCAAGUCUCCGUUUGCUACGACUGUUGGCAUUCUUGGACCAUCUCUGUCUCCUGGGGCUAUGCUGUUCAGAUUGAGAGCAGGCAUUUAUUUCUAGGGGAUGUUUUGCGAACACAAAAAACGUUUCGAACAUGGAUAAAUUACGGCGGGUUGGCAAGAGUGUACACCUUCAACACAAGAGAUGUUCAUCCUGAUCCAUGCCAAAGACCUGUCACUUUCUUCAUGGAACAUGUUUCUUCUUCUCCUGGUGAUGGAACUAUUAAAAGUGUGUAUAAGCAAGCUUACCAGAAUUGCACGUACGAUCCCAUUUCAUCUCCUCGAAAAAUCGAAGAGGUUAGAGUGUUUUCAACAAGGUUGGAUCCGGAUAUCAGACAAUUGAAGGCUCCGAGAAGACAGUGUUGUGAUAUAUUACCAACUUCUUCCAAUGGUGGAAAAGUAUUGGAAAUUAGAAUUCGAGAGUGCAAAGAGGAUGAGUUCAUCUAUAUACAUCCCUAGUAGCAACGUAACUAAUACGCUAUUAAUAACCUCUUUUUGUUUGUUACAUUUGCUAUCCAAAUUUAACAUAUGUCGUUGCCAUAUAGGUUUAGUUAUUCUUCUUUUUUUUUGGUAAGAAGUUAUUCUUCAUUUUUGUAUACUAUAUAGUACUUAUUAAACCGUGACUCAGCUUGUUGCUUUUCAACUUUUGAGAUUUGUAGUUAACCUUUUUUGAUUAUUCAUCGGCCGUAACAAUAUGCUAAAAUAUUUUUUUGUAUGGAUAA